UGUAGCUAAGUUUUAAUGCAAAAAUGUCUUACAUGGAUUAUUGAUAACUUCUUCUUUCAGACUUCCUUACCAGACUAGUUUUUAAGAGAAGUUGAGAAUUGAUAUUUUGUUGAUUACAUAUACCUGUGAAUUUGGUCAGAAAGUUAUAAAUGAGUGCAUAUAAAACAUUAACCUUUGAAUAAAAUAGCAUCCUCCAUGUGUAAUAUUUUCAAUGAAAUGGACAAACAUGGAAAGUGUGUUGAAUGAUAAAUCGGUCAAUGUACCUUACUCGAGUAUGGGAGACAGAAGCUCAGGUGUUGGGAAGGAAGUGUACGCGAUUCGCUGGUAUGUGAUUGCAGUUGUAUCACUUGCCAAUAUCUUGAAUAAUUUUCUUUGGGCUACUUGGGGUUCAAUUUCGCAGUCAGCAUACCUGGUCUAUGGAUGGACGGAUGAAAAGUUGUUUUGGAUUGUCAACGUUGGAAAUAUAACAGGAUUUUUAUCAGUUUUAUUUGGCGUAUAUCUUGUUGAUUGUAAAGGUAUCCGUGUGUCAAUGGUUGUGUGUGCUGUUACAAUGGCUGUUGUCACAGCAACGAGAAUUGUAACAUUAAAGCCUGAAAUCGCCACAAUACUAAUUGCCAUUGGUCAAGGUUUAAAUGGUAUAGCUACUAGUGUAACAAUGUGUAUUCCAACUGUCGUAUCAAAGACCUGGUUCAAAGUCACAGAAAGGACCACGGCCACGGCUGUUUCUGCUCUCGCAUCUGCCUUGGGUGCAGCAGCAGCUUACUUGUUCGGUCCAUUAACAGUGUCGAUGCCUAAAUUAAAUGGUACAGAAGUACUUCUAAAUGAAACAGAUACUUCGCUGAUAAAGUCACAGAUGAUGGAACUACAUUACAUAUCGUUUGGGUUCGCCAUACUGCUGAAGUUGUGCUGCAUCAUAUACCUCCCUUCCGCACCAAAGACUGCACCAAGCAAAACUGCAAGUAUUGAUAGGUACAGCUUGAAAGUUGGAAUAAUCCAGCUGGUAAAGAAUCCUUCUGUUUGGUGCAUAGCUGCCAUUUAUUCAAUUCCUGUUGGAUUCUAUGGAAACUGGUCCUCAAUCUUAGAUGUUAUACUUAGUCCGUAUGGAAUUUCGCAAGCAGAUGCAGGCUGGAUGAAUUUCUAUGGUUCGAUAGGUGGGGUUACUUGUGGAGUUCUUCUCGGCAGGUGUGUUGAUCAUUUUCAAAGGAAAACGAAAAUAAUCAUUAUUAUGUUGUAUAUAUGUGCCGCGGUGGAUUUUACAUUGUUUACGUGCACGUGUGUGGACAUUCUUCCAAAGUCGAAAGGGGUAUUUUAUACAACUGUUAUAUUAGGCAGUAUGAUUGUGAGCAGUAGCAGGCCACUUUUCCUGGAGAUGACGUGUGAAACGUCAUAUCCUGUGGCCGAGGGAGUUACUGCAGGUUUCCUUGGAAUGAUUGUGAAUUUAGGAGCAGCAGUCUUUAUGUGCAUAGAACUUAUUCCUAACCUUGACACAGGCUGGGCAAACUGGGCUCUUGUUGGUGUUUAUAUCGUUGCUGUACCCCUCCUAGUAUUCUAUAAAGCUGAAUAUAAGAGAGUGGAUAUAGACAUUGUAACAGAUACAUCCAUAUCGUGACAGAUUUAUUUCAGAUGUAAACGGUUAUUCAAAAUGAAUCGAACUGUUUAAUAAUUGAAUAUUCUGAAGCUUUCACAAUUUUUCAACUGUUAUAAGUUAAACUUUGUUUCAGUGUUAAGGUUAAAACGAUAUCACAGAGAGAAUAUCAUACACAAAACAUGUAAUGAAAUUACAAAGUCAGCUGAUGAUACGGGAUUACACUAGGUUUUAAAAGCCCGCAAGGGUAUAGAAGAUUACCUUCUUCUGAUAGGACAAAUGUAUUAUAUAUAUUUAAAAUAACUACACGAAGAUCGUUUGGAAACACUGAAUACAACCAAGCAAAAUUAUUGCAGACUCAGUUUGGAUAUUAACGAAAGGAAAUGGAAUACAAGGUGCAUCCUAACAAAUUCUUUAUUCGAAUCCUCUAAAUAUAUGUUAAAGGAUCAGAAAAUGUAAAUAACUUAAGUUCUCAGAUAAAACUUUUUAAACCGAUAAUCUCAGUUUUUCGCAAUCACUGCAUUCGGCCUGUAGUUACCGUGAUUCUAAUAUCUAUAUUUGUAAACAGUUCAAAACAUGGUGAAUGUAUCUGAAUUAUUAUUAUAAGAUGCGUAAACUAGUGUUACUAUUCAAAUGAUUACAUAAUUAAUGCACACGGACAAUAUUUUUGCU